AUGGCACUUGAUGCAUCAAUCACGCUGAUGACGGCCUCUGUUCAGUUCCUGGAUACCAGGCUUGCACUGGUCAACAUCGCUCCGGAACUAUAUAGCAAUUUCCUCCAGCCUAUUCUCCAGCUACUCCUCUACAAGAGUGCCCCCACGCCAGGCGACGAUGCAGGCCAUGGAGCAGGAAGAUCUCGCUCCGCGCUUUCCUGGGCGUAUGAGUACCCGUUUGUUAACAUCUCCGUAACGCCAAUUGAGUGUUCGAUCGUCUGCUCAAGGGAGCAGGCCAAGGCACUGUUCCACCCCGUCCGAGACGGGUUGCCCGAGUCGCAGAGGAACAAGGUGGAAAUCACGGACGAGGAUUUCGUUGUUAUCCAGGUUGGCGGAGAAGGGCUGGAGGCGGGCCAACGGGUGCUCGAACUGACAAGUCCCUUGGCCAUGGCUGGAAUUUCCAUCUUUUUCAUCACCACGUACUUCUCCGACUACAUCCUGGUUCCAAUCCAGUCACGUCAACAAGUAGUCCAGGCGCUUGAAGACCGCGGCUUCACCUUCGAAAACGACUCGUCCUCAUACACCCACCCAUCCAACCCGAGCCAUAUGAGGAACCUCUCCUCGCCGACGUCUUCCAACCCUUCACCUGCCACAUCAGUCAAUCACCAAGCGCCUCCUGGCACUCCCCCGCCGACCUCCAUUACCGAACUGGAGACACGCACUUUCAACCUCCUGACCCGCCACAACAUCGCCCCUGACGCCCAAACCCACCUCCGCCUGAUCCAGUGCGCCGCUCGCAGAGAGCCACCCUCCAGCACCGUGCGAUCCUCCCGCCCCGCCUCCGGUUUCGCAGGUGGUUCCCCACGCAGCAUCCCGACCACCACGCCCACCGAAAUGACGCUGCAGAACGCGCUGACCCGCGCUCUCAUCGGCCCGCCGCGGUUCCUCUCCAUCACCCUCACGACCUCUGAGUCGCCGUCCGUGCUGAUGGAGAAAAUCCUCCUGCCGCUGUUUGACCUGCCCGACGGCGAGAGCGCGCUGCUGGGGAGCAAAGAGGACAUCUUGAUUCCAGUCACGCUGGAUCUGCGCACGUUGCCGCUGGAGAGCACGGGGAUCGUGUGCGGGGUGGCGGGGAAGUUGGUCGGUGGGAUGGCGGGUGGGCGCGUGAUGGAGGGUGGCCCGGAUCCGUUUGGCCCCGGCGCCGUGGAGAUGAGCUAUCUGAGCACGGCACGGGCGGGGACGGUCAUGGUUGCGGAAGCGGAAUUGGAAAGGGCCAUGGGCGCGUUGGGCGCGUUGGCGAUUGGUAAGACGAAGAGAUGA